AUGUCAAAAGCUGUUGGUAUAGAUUUAGGUACAACCUACUCGUGCGUUGCACAUUUCUCGAACGACAGAGUUGAAAUUAUCGCUAACGAUCAAGGUAAUAGAACGACGCCUUCGUACGUAGCUUUUACUGACACCGAGAGGUUGAUUGGUGACGCUGCAAAGAAUCAGGCUGCAAUGAAUCCCCAUAAUACAGUUUUCGAUGCUAAACGUCUGAUUGGACGUAAGUUUAACGAUCCAGAGGUAACAAAUGACGCUAAACACUAUCCAUUUAAGGUGAUUGAUAAGGGAGGUAAACCAGUAGUACAAGUGGAAUAUAAAGGUGAAACGAAGACGUUCACUCCGGAGGAAAUUUCCUCAAUGAUCUUGACAAAGAUGAAAGAAACAGCAGAAAAUUAUUUAGGAGCGGAAGUGAAGGAUGCUGUAGUGACUGUUCCAGCCUAUUUUAACGAUUCUCAAAGGCAGGCGACAAAAGAUGCUGGCACCAUCGCGGGUUUAAACGUUCUGCGUAUCAUAAAUGAACCUACAGCUGCUGCCAUUGCUUAUGGUCUAGACAAAAAAUCACAAAAGGAGCACAACGUUUUGAUCUUUGAUCUGGGUGGUGGUACUUUUGAUGUCUCUCUAUUAUCUAUAGAUGAAGGUGUCUUUGAGGUUAAAGCUACUGCAGGUGAUACUCAUUUAGGUGGUGAAGAUUUUGAUAAUAGACUGGUCAACUUUCUAGCGGAGGAGUUCAAGAGGAAGAAUAAAAAGGAUUUAACAAGUAACCAAAGGUCGUUGAGAAGACUAAGAACUGCUGCUGAAAGAGCCAAAAGAACUUUGUCUUCAUCUGCUCAAACAUCUGUGGAAAUUGAUUCAUUAUUUGAGGGUAUUGACUUCUACACUUCAAUAACAAGAGCAAGAUUCGAGGAGUUAUGCGCUGACUUGUUUAGAUCAACAUUAGAGCCAGUGGAAAAGGUAUUGGCCGAUUCAAAAUUAGACAAGUCACAAAUUGAUGAAAUUGUGCUAGUAGGUGGUUCAACAAGAAUCCCAAAGGUACAGAAAUUGGUAUCUGAUUUUUUCAAUGGUAAAGAGCCCAACCGUUCGAUUAACCCAGAUGAAGCUGUUGCUUAUGGUGCUGCCGUUCAAGCUGCCAUAUUAACAGGUGACCAGUCGUCGACGACCCAAGACUUACUGUUACUGGACGUUGCACCAUUGUCUCUUGGUAUUGAGACUGCGGGCGGUAUUAUGACAAAAUUAAUACCAAGAAAUUCGACCAUUCCAACAAAGAAGUCCGAAGUAUUCUCAACCUAUGCUGAUAAUCAACCUGGUGUUUUGAUCCAAGUUUUCGAGGGUGAAAGAACAAGAACAAAGGAUAACAACCUAUUGGGUAAAUUCGAAUUGAGCGGUAUCCCACCCGCUCCAAGAGGUGUGCCUCAGAUUGAAGUUACAUUUGAUAUUGAUGCAAAUGGUAUUCUAAAUGUAUCUGCUGUUGAAAAAGGCACUGGCAAGUCUAAUAAGAUUACAAUUACCAACGAUAAAGGAAGAUUGUCGAAGGAGGAUAUAGAUAAAAUGGUCGCUGAGGCGGAAAAGUUUAAAUCGGAAGAUGAUGAAGAAGCCCAGCGUAUUCAAGCUAAGAACCAACUGGAAUCCUACGCCUUUACCUUGAAGAACUCAGUAAAUGAAAAUAAUUUUAAGGAAAAAGUGGGUGAAGAAGACGCCAAAAAAGUAGAGACUGCUGCUCAAGAUGCUAUAAAUUGGUUAGACGCUUCACAAGCGGCCUCUACAGAGGAAUACAAGGAGAGACAAAAGGAAUUAGAAAGUAUCGCCAACCCUGUUAUGAGUAAAUUUUACGGGGCUGCCGGUAAUGUUCCAGGAGCGGGUCCCGUUCCAGGUGCUGGAUCAGGCCCCACUGGUACAUCGGAUAAUGGCCCAACUGUCGAGGAGGUCGAUUAG